AUGCUGGAUCAGGUAAUGCUCAUUGCAGGAAUAACGGUGUUGGGUGUGUUAGAGAAAGCUUACUUCUCACUCCAGGUGACAUACGCCAGACGCAAGUAUUUAGUCUCGCCGCCCUGCACCUCGGGACCGCCAGAGUUUGAGAGGGUCUUUAGAGUUCAAUCUGAAUUAUUGCUCAAUAAUUCGCAAAAAUAUGUCUUUCUUGCUCUCCCUCUCCCCCUCCUUAUCUCCCUCCGACUAGCCCCUCUGUAUUUCAGUGCUAAGAUUCUGUGGGUUCUGAUCAGGUUCCCCACACUGGGGAUUCUGGAUUAUGUGUGUCGAUUCUACCUGGGUCUGGACCUUACCCAGCGCUCCAGCACUGUCCUCUGCCUCACUGAGGAGGAGAGGGGGAGCAAUGAAGAAAGGGAGUGA